AUGUGUGACGUCCCGACUUUUGGCCAAAUUGGGAAGAAACCAAACCUUCAGAUGACAAUGGGGGACGGCAACCUGCAGAUGAAAACUGCCAAAGUGCUGCCUCAUAAAUCCGUUAUCCUAAAAACGAAGCAGCCAAAGUCAAAAGACCUGAUAGUUUUAAACCAGAAAAAAAGGGAUUUGCGAUCAAUAGAGGAGAUCCAAUUAGAGCUCAGAAGGGGGCGGGAGAUGCAAUCAACAUCAGGAGGCAGUGAAAAAAAGACUUUGGCAAAUGUCAAUGCUCCUACAGUAUCGGCGGCUUUUCGGUCACAAUCCCAAACGAUUCCGAUACCUGGCUCAACGGAACAUGGAAAAAGGAAUCAAAAAUUGGCUACUUUGAAAAGGCUAGAUUCUGUAUUUAUGAAUGCCAAUAGCAAAAAUGUCAAUGGCAUCGCCGUAACAAACCAUAUAGAGAGCCCAGUGAAAUCCACACAAAGGGACAAUUCUGAGCGCUUGGAACGAAAAGAUGACACGGUGGUACCAAAACGAAAAGAUGACACGGUGGUACCAAAAAGAAAAGAUUUCCUUGUUAAUCCUUCUGGAUACCCUGCGGUUAAGGUUGCACGCGCGGAGGAUCCAGCUUUAAAGAAAAAGGCCCGGCAUAUUGGUCAAUCGUCGGCCAAGCUUCGGAUUGAAGACUCGGAUUUUGAUGAUGUACUGAACGAAGAUGCAGAAAAAUUUUAUGAAAAGAACUACUCAUCGGUUAUUGGAAAGCUUUUCAACUAUGACAAGUUCAGGUGUAUUCUUUCUACUGACAACAUAGAUUUUGCAACGAGGAUCAAGGUGAUCUUUCAGAUAUGGAGGUUGGAUUUUCCGGGAUUAGAAGAGAAGAAAAUAGAAGGUAAGCAUGUGAGUGUCCCACAUUGUAGCGCAAAAAUCGCCAUGUUCGAGGAUCGAAGAGAGACCCUGCUGCUAAAAAAGCUACACUUGAAAAAUAAAAACUGA